ACCAACAAACGGGAAAAAAAAGACGAGACAGGGAAUGAGGCGGGACAGCUUCUUUUUUUCUCGCUGGUUCAAAAAAUGUCCUGCUGAGACACACAGACAACAAGCCUCAAACCCCUGAAAGCGACAUGAUGCACACGCCAUCGUCAUCCUACUGAGGGCCCUCGUUGCAUUGCAUUGCGCUCUUUCGUCCUCGCUAUCUAUUCGUCUGUCCCAUCUCCAGCUUCUACACCGUACCCGAUCUUUGCUGUCUUCCUCCUGCUUGGGCUCUCAGCUCAGAGUCCAACGACAGCAAAAAAAGCACAGACGCAUCCGCCUCUUCUUCCUCCGCUCUCUCCUCCUCGCUUUCCCUCUCUCUUUCGAUCUCUCAGCAGCAAGCUGGAUUCUUAACGUAUCCCGUCCAGUUAGCGUCUCCAUCUAGGGAUCCAGAAACGGCACGCAGAGACAAAACAUGCCGGCUCUACCGCUUCUUUCACGGCGGCUAGUAGACGAGCUCGCAACCAGAACUAGCCAUGGCGAUGCCGCCUCCCUCGUGGCUCGACAGCAGGGCUCCGCCGAGACCACCUUCGUCGUCAUCCCCGAUUCAUACGGCUCCCUCCACGACUCCCUCACUCCAGGCGCCAUCGUCGGCAUCGUCAUCGCCUCGGUCGUUGGCUUCAUCUUGCUGCUGCUAGUCAUAUACACGAUUCUGGGCUUUGGCCCCGUCUCCACGCUCGUCCGCACGGCAGAGGUCACUGAGUCCAAGUCGUACGUCUCCCGCAGCAUGCUGAGCUCCGCCCGCCCAAAGAGCGAAAAGCCCAAGAAGAAGGUCCCUUCGAUGCACGGCGCAAGGGUGCUCUCGAUCCGCCGCGAGCGCACCACGAGGACGUCCAAACGCAGGAGCGAGAGGAGAGGAAAGGAGCCCGUCAUAGUAGAGCCUGCGCAGAGGAAGAGGGAGCCGUCGCCGCUGACUACGAUUUCUUCGUCGUCUGGAGCCGGACCGGCACCCAGGAGGGAUCCUCUUCCUUCGGACUACGAUGAGGAGAACGAGGUGGUUGUCAUUGAGGAAACCACUCCCUCCUCAAGGCGGCAUAGCCGAAAGGCCGGCCCAUCGAGGGACGCGGAUGGUCGGGGCAGGAGAUCGAGCAGCCGACGGUCCAGCUACAGCGAAUACGACGACAGGAGAUACCGCCGCUAAGCUGCUGGACGACUGCAUGCCUAUUGAUUCCUGUUUUUGUCCCUUUUUUGUUAUAUAUUUCCUUUUUUGCCUUUUUGUUCCAUUUUGGCUAUCGAAUCUUGCUUCUCUUUUUGCAGUUCCAAGGUCACAACUGCUGCAAAGUUUGAGAGUACAUUGAUUUGAUACCAGAGAACAUGGCUCUCACAUGCGAGGGCAGCUAAAUGCACGUUUUUGGCCGAUUGCAAAGAGAGGCAAGCAAGCAAUGCGUAAUGAUGCGAUGUUGGCGUUGGAAUCUCUCUCUUUUUCUUCUUUUUUUUUUAGACAAUCAUACUUACAAUGCCAGUACAUAACGACGAAGGAUGAAUGAAUAAUGGAUAGCUCUGGGAAGAGUGAUGAAGUCAAAGAGAUGAACAAUCUAUAAACUACCUACCUAGUAGCCACUACCCUGCAGCUAGAUGUACAAUAAAGACUGUAUUUAUCUCUG